AUGACAGCAACAAACAACAACAAUAACUUUAUCAUUUCUGAUGAACAAGUUAUUGAUUCAUUAGCUGAGGAAUUAGUUGUGGCAGAAACUAAAACCCUCAACGAAAGAAUUGGUGAAAACAAGAUUGAUUUACAUAACUACCUCAAACACGAUGGAGGAAGAGGAAGGAAAACUGGUAUGGCUUUAUUAGUAAAUAAAAUUUCAAAUUUAACGAUUAUAGAUGUUGAUAUCAAUAAAUCAUACAAUGAUGAACUUAAAGAAACAGUUAGAAAAGAUAUUUUAUCAAAACUUUCGGAUAAAGAUGUUAUCGUUAAAACCGCUUCAGGAGGUCUUCACAUUUAUUGCAACACUAAUUUCUUCUAUGCAGUUUCGAACAGAAUGAUUAAAUGUUAUUCUUGCAAUGAUUAUGAUAUUGACAUAAUGACUUCUAUUGAUGAUUCAAAGCGUUCUUUAGUAGUUAUGGCUGAUUCAAGAGUUCGCAAGAAUGCAUCAGAACCAAUCAAUACAUACUCAUUCAUUCGCGGAAGUUAUGAUUCAACAUUAACCAGAACAGUGAAUGAUAUAUUAAAUGAUUUGAAUAUUAAGGUAAGAGUUGAACAAAAGAACGAAGAAAUAAAGAGUAUAAUGAAUGAAAACAAAGAUGUAAACAUUGACGAUAAACUUGCCCAGAGCAUAGUUGAUGGCAUCUGUGAUUUUGAAGUACAUAAUGACGGUGGGAACAUGAAUUUGGAAAAAGAAAUAACAUUAUUCACACUGUUUCAAGCAAUUAAUUCGUUACCUAAUCAUUUAAUUAAUGAAGCAUACGAUAACGUUUAUAACUUCUGCA